AUGGGUGAUAACAACGAAGAAAUUGGAAAGAAUCCGAAGAUAGAUUCGCAGUCAGAAAAAUUCGAAAUUCUUGAAAAACUAAAUUCACAGGAACAAAAGUUCGAUGAAUUCGCAAAAAAGCUACAAUCCAUCGAAGAAUCAGUCUCGAAAAUUCCAAAAUUUGAUGACGACGAGAGAAAGACGAUGAUGAAGUUCGAAAAACAAUUGGAAUCAUUAGAAAAGACAAUGUUGUUGAAUGUGACAUUUACAGAAAAUAAUUCACUAGAACUUAUUUCCGUUCCAGAAUCAAAACAAGAAGGAGCUGAAAUCAGAAAAAAGAUUCGUGUUGAAACAUGUGUUCAAAAAUGUGACAAGUUUAGAAGAAGAUCAGCAAAGUACCAGCGAAGAAGAAGAGCAUUUCAAUCGCAAUCCAAAUUGAACGCCAAGAAAGCAGUCAUUUUGAAAUUGUUGCUUUUUGUGAGCCGGAUGCUCCGGUCGGAGAUGAAUGACGCUCAAACUGUAAGAAAGCCAAGAAUUCAAACGGAAAUGGCGAAGAAACUCAAAGAAAACGUUUUGCCGUUCCUACUUCACAAGCUCUUGUCUUCUCUCAGAAUAUGGGUUUAG